AUGAUGAGAGCAAUAGACCCAACGGAUUUCGUCCGUGCUGAGAGUGACAAGCAAUCACUUAGAUUUGACGAUGAGAAGCAGCAGGCAAAGUUUGAACUUGGUGUGUGCAUGGCGGUUUACAAGUGGGAAGAAUUGAACAUAGCCGUUGAAAAUUCGUGGGGAGGACCGAACAGCGCUGAGAAAAGAGACUGGCUCUCAGGGGUCGUGAUUGAUCUAUUUGAAGAAAAAGCUGUGGACAACAUCUUGAUCGAAGAGACGUUGCUAUUUGCUAUGGUGGAUGAGUUUGAUACGGAAAUCGACAACGACUCAGCACUCGAAAUCGCUGCCCUCAUAUUGAAACUAUACAAGGAAUGCGCUGCCAAAAAUUAUGCCACCAUAGACGAUCUAUAUGAGAAGUUCCAACAAAAGAAGUCCAACACCGCAACACAGAAAAUCAAGAUCGAAACAGAUCCUAAUAAUCCAAGCAGUGAUGAGGAGGAUGAGGAAGACAAUGAGAAUGACGUGCCUCAACUUGUGGAGAAAAUAGAGGAUACACAUAUUGACGAAGCUCCAAAAGGACCUGUCGUUGACGACGAUGGCUUCGAGCUUGUGCAGAAAAAAGGUCGCAGACGCUAA